AGCUGAUAAUAGACUGGUCGGCCGUGUAUGUACUCGUAUAGUGUUUGAAGCUCGCGGUUGUCGCUAGUGAGUUUUGAGACGGUGUGGUAUUGGCAGCCGUCGCGCUAAGUGCUGCUUUGUGUCACAGGACUAGAGCCGUGUCAAUACCACGAAGUACUGAGUGGCCGGCGUGCACGUAUCCUGGCUAUCAAAAGCUGCAUCUAUUAGCCCGUCUUAUCCUCGGUGAAGACAGCUACUUCCGUGUGAGACACACCGUGGACAGUGCGUCCGCCGUUCGUCGCUCGCUCGGACCGGCACCGUCCAUCUGCGCAACACUUUCCCCGGCUGGUGAGUCGCGGUGGGAGGCAGCGGCGCGGAACUACCACACCGGAGGACUGGGACCCCACGCGGAGACACUCUGUUCUUAGCCGGGAGAGAGGUGCCACCCCCCGGCCGCUGGCAGCCGCCCGCCGCCGCCGCUCGCGGGUGACGACUGUAUUUCGGUGGCGGCGUGUGGGGCGGUAGCGGCGGAUUCGGACCGGCCGCUCAGUGUGGGACGGACGGUGAACGGAUGGGGACCGCGGUCGGACGGUGACGGUGGAAUGUGGAUAGUGUGGACAAACAGUGUGGACAGAGGACAGAGAGGUCAGUGGUGAGGACUGAGGAGAGAUUCAGUCAGGAGUGUGAGGGACUCGGUCUGAGCGAGUGUGUGAUGAGCCGAAUCGGUAACUUUUAUCAGUAACUGACUUUAGCUAUGGGGGCGGUGAUUAAUUUAUUCAGACGUAAUUCGACCCCGCUUCAUAACCGUGGCUAUAUGUGAGCUCUGUAGAGACGUGUUAAAAACGGAGCGAUCCGCACCAUGGGCUCUCUGAGAAAGAUGUUCAAGACCCGUCUGCCGGCCCUAGCGACUCUGUGGUCGGCUAGCGGUGGGCCUGGCGGUGCUGAAGAGGACGACGACCCUGGUGAUGCUGCCGAGCUGCAUUCUGUGACAACACACUCUCCAACCACUGAAGGAAUCGAGCCGACCUACGGCAGGGCCGGCAAGCAGCCGGACAUGACGUACGAGCUGAUGCGGGAGUGCCCAGAGAUCAUUGAGGAGGUUGUGGAGAGGCGCUACAACACGGGCACCAUAGUCCGGCCGCAUCUCCGGCACGGUCUUCGGCGUCUCUCUGUGCAGGAUGUGUUUGAAGAAGGCAGCCUAGACGCAAGACACGCUGACGCUGAGUCUAUAGAACUCGGUGGAGGAGCAGACACAGCAGGAGUGGGCGGUGAUGAGGGCCGCGAUCACACCGGAGAGUCGACCAGCGACAGCGGCCUGUCCUCCGGAAAGGGCAGUGACGCUGGCGACACGUACGCCGUCCCCAAGAGUGAGACGUACGAGGUUCCGCGUGCCGCCGUGACCCAGGAGGCUGGAGCCGAGGACCCUGGUAGUGGCUCCGAGGACCGACCGAACGGAGCAGAGACCGAAAACUGGUCCUGCGACAGUGUCGGUGAGCCUUCCUCAGACAGUGACGGCGCGAACGGUGGAGCGGAGCUGGACGGGUGUUAUGUGGAGUGUCUCCGGGACCCGCCCGAUGAAAACGUCUACCUGGAGCCCAAGACAGUGGAGGAGAUUGAGCGGGACAGGCAAAAUCUGCUGAAUGGAGGGACAUCACAGGUGGCUGAGGGCAGCCCAGCCUAUCCAGGGGGUGUAGGACAGCCAUUCUUUCUGCAUCAGCCCGAGACGUCUGGAGGGGAGACCUAUUCUGGUAGACUCAGCGCAUUGCCGCACAAGGCACGCAGUCUUCAAAACCUCCAACAAUGCUUCAUCCAGGUCCAUAACACCGAAGCAUUAGCAGUCCCCAGCACAGACCGCAAAACGCACACAAGAUCGAAACCGAAUAAGAAACUAGACCGCUCUUCGAAGAGCCCUGUCGCAGCAAUAAACCAAUCAAUCAACGACAAUUUCGUACUAAGGCCGUCGAAGCAGUUCGAGACAUAUGGCCAUGGCAUGCGCUCUUCACUGUCGUUCCGUUCGUCGUUAUAUAGCACUGCGGCUGCGUGGGACGCCGACAGACAGCCCUGGGACGGCUAUAGCGAGCUGACGUGCCCGCCGCCGGCGCUGGAGGACCGUACUGAGGACGAGCCCCUGCCCAGCUCACGCGGCAGUACCCUGGAGCGGGGGUACGAGCGGCUGCCGCUGCGCCGGCACAGCGCCGAGCUGCAGCCGUCAGAGCCGCUGUACGCCAACAGCGGAGAGCUGCAGAAGCUGCUGGUCCAGCAGCUGCGUGAGCAGCAGCUCCGUGAGCAGACGAACCCCUCCGAGCCGCCCGACCAGCCGGACGGGCCCGCCCCGGGGAUGGCGCACAUAGCGCCGCGGGGAAAGAGACGGCGACGGGGGCGGAUCACAGCGCCUGUGGAUGCCGGUCAGGCUCUGGAAACGCACCCCGAGCACACCGAGACGCCGUCGUCACCUGCCGAGGCUCUGCUGGCGCUCAGAACCAAGGACUCCAAGUUCGCGUGUGUUCGCAUCAAGCCGGCCACCAGAGGUCGGGGCACGAUGCGUAAGUCGAGUUCCAUGAACGACAUCGGCCCGGUGCUGUUUACUCCGCCACCAUCGGCACCGGUUCUCCCUUCAGUCCACACCCGUCUGCCGUCAGCAGCUGAGAGCAGCGACCAGCAGCCGCCGGAGGAGACGCCCGCUGCUCCGGCCUCCCCUGUGUCAGCGGCGCCCCUGUGGCUGACCCUGGGCGCCCUCUGGGUGACCGUCUGCGGCUGGGCGGGCGCCGCCGGACGGGCGCUGGGCAGGGCGGCGGCGCCCCUCUCCGGCUGGUUGGGCGUCAAGUACAUGAGCCUGCACCGGAACCAUCCGUGGCUGCCAGACCUGGUGGACCAGCCGGACCUGGACUAUUGGAUACAGCGCACCAAACAGGGCAGUAACGGUUUCGAAGAGCUCCGGAAAUACAUCAAACAUGGUGGCGACUUUUGCAAGGAGCUUGCAUCUAUCUUGCAAGAAAGGUCCGACCUGGAGGUCGCCUACGCUCGCGGCCUGCAGAAGCUGGCUGCUAAGCUGCUCAAGGCCUCCAGAGACGGUUUGGGCAGCGUGAACCAGGCCUGGCAGCGAGUCGGAACGGAGAUGGAACACCAGGCAGACAUCCACAAAACGCUGGCGGUCACCUACACCGAGGAGCUGGUAAAGCCUCUGCGCGGGCUGCUGGAAUCCCAGCACAAGGCGCGCAGGACCGUGGAGACGAAUGUCGACAAGACGGCAAAAAACCUGGCUGAGUGGCGCUCGGCGGAGGCCAAGGCCAAGAAGCUCUCCUACCAAUGUGCGCGGGAGAACGAGCGAGCCGAGGAGCAGGCGCUGGAGGCGAGACUGGCGCACGACAGCGCCAGAAAGGACGCCGGAAAGGUCGAGAGUCGGAGGCAGAAAACCGAGAACGCCCUGGCCAAGGCGGACACCGAGUACUACAACUUCUGCUUACGAAGUGAACGAGCGCGGCUGGAGUGGGAGACAGCCCUGAACAAGGGCAGUCAGUGUUUCCAGCGUCUGGAAGAGGAGCGACUAACCAGACUCCGGGCGGCGCUACAGGCUUACCACCAGAGCCUGGCGGAGCUGGCACCGAAAAUAGCGCAGAGCGCCAGCCGUCUCUCGGAGCCCGUGUCGGGGGCGGACGUCUCCCAGGACGUGCAGACGGUGCUCCAGGUGAAGCGGCCCGACCAGCCGGCCGAGCAGCUGCUGCCCGACUUCUACGCCGAGGAUAUGACCAACGCCAUGAAUAGAGAUAGGAGGAAAAAGGCUCUGGAGCAGUUUGCGCGCCUUCUGGAGCAGGAUGUCGGCCGGGAACGGAGGGGGAAGAGUGGUGUGGAGAACCUGGCCAAGGCCAUGAAGGAGUCGCCCCAGUUCAGCACCGAGAGCUCCCAGAAGGACGUCAAGGAGAAGCUGCAGCACUUGCGCUCCACGCUGGCGUACCUGGAGGCCAGUCGGUUCAAAGUGCAGGCGGCGCUGGCAGAGACGGAGGGACAGCCCCGACCUCAGCAUCCGCUCAGCCGGCACAUUCAGCAGCUCAAGGACCGGCAGGGCAUGGUCCAGAGCGUCCUACGGGUGCCGAACUGGGUGAGCCUGGAGCCUUCCAACACCUCUCCGGACCAGUCUCCCGCGUGGAGCGCUGACCGUGACCGGGGCACGGCCGACGGGACCUCCCAGAGGCCGCCAUCAGACUCGGAUGAGCUGAGCACAGAAGACAGUCCGCCUGAAUCCACACCUGUAUCGGCUGUGACGUCACCGCCAACAGCUGAGCCGACCUGUGACCCGGUCAAAGACCCGCCCGAGGGGGCGCCAUGCCGAGACCGGUACCAGGCCAUUUACGACUACAAGGCUAACAUGAAUGACGAACUCACUAUCCGAGCAGGUGACGUCAUCGAGGUCCAUGACCGCCAGCCGGACGGCUGGUGGCUUGGGGAACUGCGAGGCACCAUCGGCAUCUUCCCGGCCACCUACGUCCGGCAACUCAUCUGAACUACCGGCAACUCGGCUGAACGACCGGCAACUCGGCUGAACGACCGGCAAUUCGUCUGACCGACUGACAGCUCAUCUGGACGACCGGCAACUCAGCUGACUGAACGACAGCUCAUCUUAUCGACCGAUAGCUCGUAUGACUGACUGACAACUGACAGGUCGGUUACGCAGAUGAUCAUAUAGGUGACCAGAUCGACAGUUUUCUGAUAGGAUCGACCGUUGAUCUGUUGGGAACGACGGUUUAGCUUACCGCUCCAACCAGUUCUGUAGAUUGAACUUGCAGUUCAGCCGAUCGAGUUUAGCUAGUUGGACAUCAUCUGACCGAACUGGUAACUCAUCUGACUGAGCUACAACUCAGCUGACUCGACCUCAACUCAUCUGACCGAGCCGACAACUCAUCUGACCGACCCGACAGCUCAUUUGACCGAACAACUAGCUCAGAGAGGUUACGAGCCAAAUGUUUGAUUUAAUCGUACGAGCAGUGCCGUUUCUCGUUGUGACUGAGCACAUCAGUGCGCCAACUGACUUAAAAGAGAAAUGGUUUCUGUUGUUUGUUUGGAAAUGUGAUCUGCUUUAUUCUACCACUUUAGAAUAUAGGUUGAUCAGACAAAAAUGGUGCAGGCUUUAUUGAGACUUGUUUACACGAGCAGAUCAAAGACCUGAAAAAGUAAGUGAACAAAAUGUUGUGAUGGCUGAAUCUUUUGUAAAUUAUAUUUUUCGUGAGCCCUCGUGUCUUGCUGUUUACGUGCCACUUUGUUGUAUAGGUUGAUCAGACAAAAAUGGUGCAGGCUUUAUUGAGACUUGUUUACACGAGCAGAUCAAAGACCUGAAAAAGUAAGUGAACAAAAUGUUGAGAUGGCUGAAUCUUUUGUAAAUUAUAUUUUUCGUGAGCCCUCGUGUCUUGCUGUUUACGUGCCACUUUGUUGUGCUUUAGUAGCUUUUCUGCAUGCAUAGUAGAUCAAAGUAAAAUGCAUCGUUCAUGUGCUCUCUUGUAAUGUUGUACAGCAUUGCAGUGAUAAGACAGGGACCAAGUGGAAUUGAUUGGUGAAGCGCUUCGCCAUGCAAUAAGUCGACAGUGCCGAGCCUCGAUGAGUGACAUACGAGGUUGUGUAUAAAUAAUGUCAGACUACAUACAUGCUGACAAGUCUGAAUAAAUGGUUCAAUCUAUGACAUGCAUAAUUAUAUGGUGAAAUGAGGUAAGCUCAUCAAACUGCGAUUGAAAGAUUAGAAAUGCGUAGCGCUUAUAGGGAAUGUCGUUUGAUCUAAUUCAUCAUUAAUUUCGACGUUUGAUCCGCUCAAUGAGAGCGAAUUGUUUAUUUUCCCUAAAUAUUUGUUUUUUGCUGGUGUGAUGGAUAUUAACAUCGAAUGACGUCCUAUGAAUGCGGUGUCCUGAUAUCAGGUUUUGUAAAUAGCAAAAUAUAGCUACAAAUACAAAGAUGUGUUGCGA